AUGGCAAACAUAAACCCUCUUAACGUUUACCCCGGGCCAGAGUCGAUGAAAAAGUACUUCGACCCAGACUGCCAGCCACCAUUGCCUUUGGUCGAGAUUCCACAGGCAUUAAACCCGUUUUAUGACGAUGGUGUCCGCAUAUAUGCAAAGAUGAUGUCCAUGCAUCCUGCCAAUAAUGUGAAAGCGAUUCCAGCUCUGAAUCUCUUAGAGGCAGAAGUUGUGCCCGGAAAGACAAAGACCGUCAUUGAGUACAGCUCUGGCUCAACAAUCGUCUCCAUGGCAAUGAUUGCGAAUGUUUUUCACGGCAUCAAAGAUGUCAGAGCAUUUCUGAGCAACAAAACCAGUGAUGCGAAGAUUAAACUGAUGCAGUUCUUCGGUCUCAACAUCACCUUGUUCGGUGGUCCCUCACAACCAGAACCGCUAGACGAUCGUGGUGGUAUCUUUGCUGCACAGAAAAUGGCCCUAGAGUCUGAUGAGAUUAUCAAUCCGAAUCAAUAUGACAAUGACGGCAAUUGGGGAGGCCACGUACGAUAUACGGGGCCCCAGAUCUUCAAGCAGCUCCCAGAAAUCAACGUUUUAUGUUCUGGUAUGGGCACCAGCGGCACCAUGACUGGACUGGGAACAUAUUUCAAGAAGGUUAAGCCAUCAGUUUUGAGAGUGGGAGUCUGCACGGCACCAGGCGAUCGUGUCCCGGGACCCAGAUCGUACGCGCUCAUGUCUCCCGUCCCAUUUCCAUGGCAAUCAGCAGUGGAUGUCAUCGAAGAAGUCGGAUCUCAAGAAUCCUUCUCAUUAUCUCUCAAGCUAUGUCGACACGGGCUAGUUUGUGGUCCCUCAACAGGAUUUAGCCUGCAGGGCCUUUGCCAGCAACUCCAAAAACGCAAGGAUGCAGGGACACUAUCCAGCCUUGCAGGUCCAGACGGAAAAAUACAUUGCAAUCUCCGCAAAGUCGACCUUUAUCGCUAUGAUGAUGCCUGGGAGAGCCAUUCCGCAAAGAUUCUUGCAGAAUUUUAUGAGAGGCUCCCUGCCAGUGGCCCAGUGUUCGGUAUUGGGAGGGCAGAUGGGUUUGAUGGCCUUAAGCUCAAACUAGACCACUCGCGAUGCGUAAUCGACUUACGAAAGCCCGCCGAUUUCAAGCAGUGGCAUCUGCCCCAAGCCAUAAAUGCUCCUCUUGAUACUCUUGAAAAGAGCACCACAUCACCUUUUGCUGACUCUGCUGUUCUAGAGGCUCAGUGGCUGGAGAUUGAGGGUUGGUUCAGUCAGAGCGGGGAGAAGUCCGCCUUACUGAAAGAACUGAAGGAGAAUAACACUCGUGUUUUGCUAGCCUGUUACAGCGGAAACACAUCGAGGGUGGCAUGCAGUAUCCUCCGAGCGAAGGGUAUCGAGGCAUGGUGCAUCUGCGGUGGCUACAAGGCCCUGGCUGACCCCGAGUUGGCUCUAGUGGGGUUGCGUGACGCUGAGCCGAGCAUCUCGAAUAGCGUUCAUCCCCAGUUAAGACCCAUCAGGAUCAACUAAGGGAGCCAAAAUUGUCAGAAAUGACAUUAUUUCCAUGGAUUUAAACGAAUGUACGGGAUAAUGACGUUGACAUUGACCUUGACGUUGGGUGUUGUUGAUGAUGCCAAGGUUGACCCUGCGUCCAACGCCAAGCCUGGCGGAUGGCUCGAUCGCAGUCUAACUAAGCGCCUGCUAAGCCCCAAACAGAGUUAUUUGCCAAGGCGGACGCUAACCCCCAAAAUGCUAUUAAGACUUUACGAUGUUCUCGAGUUGUUGAAUAGUUUGAUAAACAAGUGUCAAGAUAUAUAGCUUAGUUAGCUUGCGUUUACAUAUUGAGUACUAUAAAUUG